AUGGAUAGUAAAAGCUACUGUAACUUCAUGGACAAGUUGUCCAUCUACGACUCACAACAUGUACAACUGACUAGGCCUUUCGGUGGGGACCCUUUUGUCACGUUUCAUGUGUACCCUGAGACACCUACCCAGUUCACUUGCUCUGAGGAUUUGCCACUACUUCCUUUUACAUCUGAGGAGUUGAUCACAGAGAACUUCUAUACUGAUCCUUGCAACUUUCCUUACCAAGCGGCCCAGGCUAAUUAUGGCAGAGGUGACUAUUCUUAUGGACCAGCUUUCAUCAGAAAGAGGAAUGAAAGGGAAAGGCAGAGGGUUAAGUGUGUCAACGAAGGAUACGCCAAACUCCGACGUCACCUGCCUGAGGAAUACUUAGAGAAACGGCUCAGCAAAGUAGAAACACUUCGAGCUGCAAUAAAAUACAUUCGCCAUCUACAAUCUGUUCUGUACAGUGAUUCUGCAGUGCCAGAGAAGAAUAACCGGGAACUGGGCCAUACUUCCAAGGCAAUUGCCAGAGAGAUCCAGUUUUGA